GUUGUUCUUUUUUUUCCAAGAAAAAGUGUAAUCAUGCCACCAAAAAGAAACCUUGGGAAGGCUGUCCAGACUUUACAGAUUGGGCUUGGUGAAGGCAGUCCAACACAUUCAGAAGGAGAGAAUGAGCCAAUCAUUCCACCACCAUUGUCACCAAUACUUAGGGAGCAUUCUUUUGUCAAUCUUACCUUCAACAAGGGUAGUGAAUCUGGAGAUGAUGUUGCUCAAUCUGCUCCAGCACUCGGGGGGCAAGUUAAUCUGCCACAGCCACCUCCCCAGAUUCAGCAGGCAGCAGGAGGACCAAUGCAGCCAGAUCCUGUUGAGGCUGCACCACGUGUGGCAGAUCUGGGAAAUCACCAGAAUCUCAGAUAUCUGCCACCUCCGCGCCAACCAAAUGGAGGACAUCAACAACAUAAUGCACCUCCACAAAGGGAGCAUUUUCAGCCUUAUGUGCCACAUGAGGCUUAUGGUCCAGUUUUGAGGCCUUUAGUCAGACCAGCUUAUAGAAAACCAUAUCCAGAUUACAUAGACCAAGAAAAUCCUUUUCCAAGGGGGUUCAAGGUUCCAGAAUUCACUCUAUUUUCUGGAGAUGGCGGGUAUUCUACAAUUGAACAUAUAGGCCGCUUCACAAUUCAGUGUGGCGAGGCCUCCGGUGAUGAUAAUCUGAAGCUCAGGCUUUUUCCUAGUUCUUUAACUAGUACAGCUCUCACCUGGUAUCUGAGUCUGCCACAGAGUUCAGUUUAUACUUGGAGGCAGAUGGAAGAUCUUUUUCACAUCCAGUUCUACCGCAAUGAGCCAGAAGUGUCCAUGGCAGAUUUAUCUCGUUUGGUGCAGCAACCUAGAGAAACAUCUGAGGCCUUUUUAGCUAGAUUUCGAAAGGCCGGACUUAAGUGUAGAGUUGCCCUGCCAGAACAGGAAUUUGUUAAGCUGGCACAAAAUGGUCUAGACAUUGAAUUGAGGAAAAAGUUUGAGGGAAUGGAGUUUCAUGAUUUCUUUGAGUUGUCUUACAAGGUGGCUUGUUAUGAAAAUUUAUUGCGAGAAGACACACAAAGGAAAUCUGCAUCUCAUGGGACUUAUUAUGGUGAUGCCAACUUUGAUCUGGACGUGGCAGAAGUGGUGGCAGACAAGCCAGUUGUUUGCCCAGAUUUGGUUAAAGUGGCCCAGCAGACCGACAAAACAGAUAAAAUUGACAAGGGAAUUCUGCGUUUUCCAGAUAAGGCCAAAGAAACUAUGGGAGUUGAUGCAAAUCCAUUCCCUACCAUGUCUGUUGGGGUGAACGCGGCAUAUCUCAGGAGCAUUGCCAGAGACAGAACUCAGACAUACUAUAGGCGCAGACUUGGAGCUGAUGAUCUCAGGUGGGUCAUUGAGGAGGCCAGAGCUCGCAAAAAUCAGGUCAGAUCAGGCUCAUACCGAAGGAGACAGCCCGAGGGGCAUAACUCAACUCAACAGAAAAAUAAUGCAAAUCAGGGAACUGCGAUAUCUGGACGCGCAGAAAAGCCCAGAAUGGUGAAACCACCACCCAGAUCUCCAACCAAACGAUGGGAACGUGUGGCACAGCCGCUCCCAGCAAGAAGAAAAUCAGUGUGGGUCCGUAAAGAAAAAGGGAGCACAUCUGAUCAUAAUUCUCCAGAGAAGGAGGAAACACCCAGAAUUCCAACAUCACCUCGAAUUCUGGUUGUGGAAUCAAAUGAAGAAACCGGUUUGAAGGCGAAGUUUGACGUGUCAGAUAAAGCGGAAAAUUCAUCAAAUGUAAUCUGUUUUGGUGAGUUUUCCGUGAAUCUAUCAUGCUUGGUGAUUACUCUUCCCUUGGUUUUUCAAGCAAGAGAGCAGUCAGAAUCUGCAGUCUGUCACCAGACAGAUUUGGCUGAGGAAGAAGAAGUCAUCGAGAUCCCAGCUAAGGAAGAUGAUGGUAUGGAUUCAGCAGAUAAAAUCAUUUUCGAAAAACCAGAAGAGAGGAUGGCCAGGCACAUUAGGCCAUUAUACAUUCAUGCACAUCUGGAUGGUAUGCCAAUAAAUCGAGUUCUGGUUGAUAAUGGAGCAGCUGUCAAUGUUUUGCCAACUUGUAUUCUGCACAAGAUUGGCAAAUCUUUGGGUGAUUUAAUGGAGACAGAAGUGACAAUCAGUGACUUUACUGGUGGAGUCAAUCGCUCAAGGGGAAUUCUGCUAGUGGAACUUACCGUUGGAAAUAGAACUCUCAUGUGUGCAUUAUUUGUGGUUGACACCAUUGCCACUUAUAAUGCAUUGCUUGGGAGAGAUUGGAUUCAUUCCAGCUGGUGUGUUCCUUCAACUCUGCAUCAAAAAUUAAUAUUCUGGAAUGGUGGCAGAACUGAAGUCGUGACAGCAGAUGACAAGCCAUUUGUAGCAAGUACCAAUGCAGUGGAAGCUCGUUAUUAUGAUGAAGAUAUUGGGACUAUCCGUUUCUUUGGGAUGGGCCGCUAUGGCAGACCUUCUGGAAUUACUGCAUGCACCAAAUCUGCAAUGGACAGACAGACUGUGAAAGAGAAAGAUCGAAUUAAGCACCAGAAAAAGGAGGCCGUGGAAGAAAUCAAGAGAAAAUUAGCGGCCUACCUUGCUGAAAAACGGAUCUGUGUAGACAGAUCUGAAGUAGUCUAUGAAGGUGAAGAGGAAGAUUUGAAGGAUCAGAUAACACUAGAGGAAUUAGAUCUGGCACUAGCAAAGCUUGAUGAUCUGAAGGCAGAAGUACAAGAUCCCCUAGAGGAGGUAAAUAUGGGUACUGAGGCAGAUCCGAAAAUUACUUUUAUUAGCGGUUCUCUUGAGCCAUGUUUGCAUGAUAAAAUUAUCGCUAUUUUGCAUGAGUACAAGGACUGUUUUGCUUGGGACUAUUCUGAAAUGCCAGGUCUGGACAGAAAUCUGGUAGAGCACAGAUUACCAAUUAGAGCAGAUUUCAAGCCUUUUAAACAAUCGCCUAGACGAAUGUCUCCAGAAGUCACCUUAAAAGUAAAAGAAGAGAUAGAACGGCUGUUGAAGAAUGGCAAGCUGAGAAUCUGUGUAGACUUAAGAAAUCUAAAUCUGGCAACACUAAAAGAUGAAUAUCCUAUGCCUAUUGCAGAUUUAUUGGUGGAUGGUGCAGCACGCCAUCGAAUUCUGUCAUUCAUGGAUGGCCACAGUGGGUAUAACCAGAUUUUUAUAGCAGAAGAGGACAUUUCAAAGACCGCUUUCCGCUGCCCAGGAGCUAUUGGUACGUAUGAAUGGGUAGUAAUGCCAUUUGGUUUAAAAAACGCGGGUGCAACUUAUCAAAGAGCCAUGAACGCCAUCUUUCAUGACAUGAUUGGUCGUUUUAUGGAAAUUUAUAUUGAUGAUGUGGUUGUGAAAUCUAAUGAAGAUGAAGAACAUCUGGGGCAUUUAAAGCUGGCUUUUGAAAGAAUGAGAAAGCAUGGUCUGACGAUGAAUCCUUUAAAAUGUGCAUUUGGCGUUUCUGCUGGAAAUUUUCUGGGAUAUCUGGUGCAUGAGCGAGGUCUGGAAGUAGAUCAAAACAAGGCAAGAGCUGUUAUCGAAGCACAGCUGCCAAGAACAAUGAUUCUAGAGUUAGAAGACCUUGAAGGUAUGCGAUUGACGGCCUUAGAUAGGCUGCAAACGCAGAAGUUAAAAGUAGCUCGAGCAUACAACAAACGGGUGAAAUCCAGAAGUCUAGCAGUAGGAGAUCUGGUAUGGAAAGUAAUUCUGCCACCUGGAAAGAAAGACCCCAGAUUUGGGAAAUGGUCUCCAAAUUGGGAAGGACCAUUUCGUAUACAUGAAGUGCUUAGAGGAGGAGCAUAUUGGCUUGAGUCAUUAAAUGGAGAAUUACAUCCUCGAAAAAUAAAUGGAAUCUACUUUAAGCCUUACUAUCCUAUGAUAUGGGAGGCUAGAGGUUUGGAUACCAUUAAUUCUACUUGAGACAAAUUUGAGGUAGGAUUUGUACAGUAUUUUAUUUCAUUGUUUUAAGCAUUUUAUCAUUCAAUAAAAGUGCUGAGCCAAA